GAUGCGUAUCCAGCUUUGUGCAUUGUAAUAACAGAAGGACGAAAUUUCGAAGAUGGUUACAGGCGUCGAAGCAACGGGGAUUGCGCUGGCAGUACUUCCUUUUGUCAUCAACCAGCUCGACAAUUACGUUCUCGGCAUCGAGAAGAUCAAGGUAUUCCGGAGGUUUCGCCGGCAUCUCGCCAACUAUGUGCUGGACAUCGGAACACAGCACGCAAUAUUUGUGAAUUACCUCGAGCAGGUGCUAGAUGAUGUCGUUGACGACGAGGAUCGACUCUCCGACCUUAUCAGCCAUCCCCCUGGCCAGACCGUCGGGAAUGACCCGUGGGCGGACCAGGGCUUGCGGAAUCGGCUUCAGGCAAAACUGGGGGGCCACUACGAGUUUUUUAUUGGGAACAUGACGAGGGUGUACAGCUUGUUGGAGAGCCUCGCCGAAAAGUUGGAUAUGGACCUGACCAACCCUUCGCCGAAGGAGCCUGGCGAACACCGAUUUCGGGCGAUCUUAUCAAAGGCAGUCUUGGAUGACUUGCUGCAGAAGCUCACCUCUGUCAACGACAUCCUGAAAAUAUUGAUAGAUCAGUCCGCGCACCGCGGGGCUACCCAGACCCGAAGGAAACGGGGUGGGUGGAAUAAUACCCUCCUCCAACGAUAUCAAAGGGCAAGGAAAUAUGCAGAGGGUCUCUUCAGGGCAAUUUUGCAAGGGGAAUACUGGAAGUGUCGCUGUAGGGAGCACCACUGUGUCUACCUUCAGUUCCAAUGCAAUCCUGUCGGGACAAAUCACGGCUUGAACGAUAAUGAGAAUGAGUCUAAAUUUCGUGUUCUCUUCUCCAACACAUUGACACAGGGCUCUACGAUUUGGAGCUGGAAAGAAGUGGAAUUCGAACCUUCGGAAGAGGGUAUCACAAUGGCCCAUCUCGCCAUCACCGAGCGAACCGGAAAUAUGAAAAGGAGGGAGCAGCCACUUGAAACUAUGAAGAAGAAGGAGAAGAAGAAAGGGGUCCACUUUAAGGUUGAUACAGUAGUCAACAUAAAGACCUCCAGCUCAAGCUCAACCGGUUCUAUGCUGGAGAACAUAGGAACAGAUUCUGCCAUUGACAAAAGCAUGGCAGGUCCCAUCCUAGAUUUCUGCUCAGUCCUACGCAUGGAAACGUGUACUGACCACCACAAAACCAUCGGAUUCAUAUCCCAUGGUACUACUGAUGGCAAUGUUCGGUACACCGUGCAUGCUGUCAAGAGUUCGCACCAAAGGAUGCCUCAAUAUUCCGUCCGUGAGAUUCUUUCUACAACAAGCCGCCGAGAGCGGCUGCACAUUGCGGCAGGUCUCGCCUGCGGGCUAAUUCAGUACUAUGGAAACUGGCUUAAGCCAUCCUGGGAGAGUUCCGACGUGCGGUUGGCUGUGGACAAGGACGGCCGCACUGCGCUUUUGGAUAACCUAUAUUUAUCAUGGCCACUCUCGGGCCAACCCGCGGGCAUCACUGGGGAGAAUGCUCCAUCUUGCCCUCAUGUGCAGAACGAUAUCCUCUUCCCACUAGCUUUGACUCUGAUUGAACUGUCGGUCGGAGAAACGAUCGGUGCGCUAUGGAUCACCGAGGAUGGAAACGGAAACCCACAAACAACCAAAUUCAACACGGCAUGUCGACUGAUCAAGGAGGUGCAAUGGCAUAGUGGUGCAGCAUACGCUGAGGUUGUCCGUACAUGCCUCUUCUGGUCCGGGGUGGGCUCAUGCUUUGGUGAUGGACAAUUCGAGGAACGGGUGUUUGAUACUGUCGUGUCUCCUCUGGUCGAGGAUCUAGUAUAUUUCGAGGGUCUUCGUGUCAUAUAG